GGGGGGGGGGCUCUUCAUAAAUUUGGCUCCUGCCCGACUGGCAGAGAAGCCAUGGAAGAGAAGAAAGAAAUGGAGGAAGAAAAAGAAAAGAUAUGCAAGAGAUGCAAAAAGAGCUACACCGCAUCUUCUAACACUUCCUCUUCGUGCCGUUUCCAUCCUUCUUUCUUUGUUUGUCGUCGUCAUGACGACCAAAAGAGGUACUAUGAGUUGAAACCUGAUGAUCAGCCGGAUGCUGCCAAGUUCUACGACUGCUGUGGGGCUGAGGACCCUGAGGCUUUUGGCUGCACCACCAGUUUUCAUGUCUCAUACGAUGAUGAUUGACGUGCUAUCUCCCUCAUUCAACUGAAUCUCGUCUGAAGAUUAGCUCUGUAUAUUUCUACAAAACUCUGUUCUUGAUCUAAAUGCUAACUGUCCGAGAAUUGGGUUGUGCCACCUGAUACUCUGUGUUCCUGUCGUGUUUUGGUUGUUCUUCCUGUGUUGUUCAAUGAGGUUGACCCUCUUCUUAAUUUGUUAUAGCCUGCUUACAGCAUCCGUUUCAACACAUAUAUAAACCACCUAGCACUGGCAAAUUCAAUCCUGAAUCAA